AUGACGGAGAAGAUUACGCUUGCCGAUGCACUGUCCAAUGUGGAGGUGCUGGACGAGCUGUCGCUGCCCGAUGAGCAGCCAUGUAUAGAGGCGCAGCCCUGCUCCAUUAUCUACAAGGCAAAUUUCGAUACAAACUUUGAAGAUCGCAAUGGAUUUGUCACUGGAAUUGCCAAGUACAUAGAGGAAGCGACAACGCACGCGAAUUUGAAUGUUUUGCUCGAUGAGGGGCAGAAACAUGCAGUCAUGCUUUACACCUGGCGAUGCUGCUCUCGGGCUAUACCACAGCCCAAGUCGAACGAGCAGCCCAAUCGUGUGGAGAUCUAUGAGAAGACGGUCGAAGUGCUUGCCCCAGAAGUGAACAAGCUGCUGAACUUUAUGUAUUUCCAACGCAAGGCCAUCGAGGCCUUUUCGGGGGAGGUGAAGCGGCUGUGCCACGCAGAGAAGCGCAAGGAUUUUGUGUCGGAAGCAUACUUGUUGACGCUGGGAAAAUUCAUCAACAUGUUUGCUGUUCUUGACGAGCUGAAGAACAUGAAGUCGAGUGUAAAAAACGAUUAUUCCACCUAUAGGCGGGCAGCUCAAUUCCUGAAGGUGAUGUCCGACUCGCACACACUGCAGGAGUCGCAGAAUCUCUCCAUGUUCCUGGCCACGCAGAACAAAAUACGCGACACUGUCAAGGACACGUUGGAAAAGAUCGUCGGCUACGAGGAUCUGCUCUCGGAUGUCGUUAAUAUCUGUGUGCACAUGUUCGAGACGAAAAUGUACUUGACGCCCGAGGAGAAGCAUAUGCUGGUGAAGGUAAUGGGCUUUGGCCUCUUCCUCAUGGACAGUGAUGCCUGCAACAUCAACAAGUUGGACCAAAAGAAGAAAAUCCGCCUGGACCGCAUCGAUCGCAUCUUUAAGAACCUGGAGGUGGUGCCCCUCUUCGGUGACAUGCAGAUAGCACCCUUCAACUAUAUAAAGCGGAGCAAGCACUUCGACUCCAGCAAGUGGCCGCUCUCCAGCUCGAAUGCCAUCAGCCCUCAGGCUGAUUUGAUGGUGCACUUGCCGCAGAUACGGGAGGAUCAUGUCAAGUACAUAUCAGAGCUGGCGCGAUACACCAACGAGGUGACCACCACUGUCAAGGAGAAUCCAUCGGAUGCUGAGAAUCGGAUUACGGCCGACUUGGCCCUGCGCGGUCUGCAGCUUCUGUCGGAGUGGACAAGUGUGGUCACUGAGCUGUACUCCUGGAAGCUGCUCCAUCCCACUGACCACCACCAGAACAAGGAGUGCCCCGUGGAGGCCGAGGAGUACGAAAGGGCAACCCGAUACAAUUACACUUCCGAGGAGAAGUUUGCCCUGAUUGAAGUGAUCGCCAUGAUCAAAGGCCUGCAGGUGCUGAUGGCACGCAUCGAGACGGUGCUGUGUGAGGCUAUUCGACGCAAUAUUUACUCCGAGCUGCAGGACUUUGUUCAGCUAUCGCUGCGCGAACCCCUUCGGAAGGCGGUGAAGAACAAAAAGGAUCUAAUCCGGAGCAUCAUUAUGUCGGUGCGGGAGACAUCUGCGGAUUGGCAAAAGGGCUACGAGCCCACCGACGAUCCCGUGUCCAAAGGCAAAAAAGAUCCCGAUGGCGGCUUUCGUAUCCAUGUGCCACGCCUCAAUGUGGGACCAUCCUCCACACAGCUAUAUAUGGUGCGCACAAUGCUGGAGUCGCUGACAGCCGAUAAGAGUGGCGGCAAGCGUACAUUGCGCAAGGAUAUCGACGGGAACUGCCUCAUGCAGAUCGAAACGUUCCACAACACGUCGUUCUACUGGAGCUAUUUGCUCAACUUUAGCGACACUCUACAGAAAUGCUGCGAUCUGUCGCAGCUCUGGUAUCGCGAGUUCUAUUUGGAAAUGACAAUGGGCCGCAAGGUCAACAAGUGCAUGGUGCGUCACCAGCACAACGAAGAGUGUAAGGAUUUGAUAACAAUGGAGAAGCGUAUACAGUUCCCUAUUGAGAUGUCUAUGCCGUGGAUUCUCACCGAUCAUAUACUGCAAACAAAAGAGCCCUCAAUGAUGGAGUUCGUCCUGUACCCGUUGGACCUUUACAACGAUUCGGCACACUAUGCCCUAACCGUCUUCCGCAAGCAGUUCCUCUACGACGAGGUAGAGGCCGAGGUGAACCUGUGCUUUGAUCAGUUUGUCUACAAGUUAAGUGAGCAGAUCUUUGCUCACUAUAAACAAUUGGCUGGCAGCAUAUUCUUGGACAAACGUUUCCGGCUGGAGUGCGAGGUGUUAGGCUUCAACUUCCAGUCGUAUCCACGGAACAAUCGCUAUGAGACUCUACUAAAGCAACGACAUGUCCAGCUAUUGGGCCGAUCUAUUGACUUGAACAAACUGGUCACCCAACGCAUCAACGCCAAUAUGCACAAGAGCAUUGAGCUAGCCAUCAGCCGCUUUGAGGCCAAUGACAUAACUGGGAUUGUGGAACUCGAGGGCCUUUUGGAGGCGAAUCGCAUUUGCCACAAAUUGCUGAGCAAAUAUUUGGCAUUGGACAAUUUCGAUGGCAUGGUCAAGGAGGCUAAUCACAAUGUCCUGGCCCCCUACGGUCGAAUAACGCUGCAUGUUUUUGUGGAAUUGAAUUACGACUUCCUGGUCAAUUACUGCUAUAAUGCGGCCACAAAUCGGUUUAUUCGCACCAAAGUCAAUUUGUCGUCGACGCAGGCCAUUCAACGGGAGAAGCCGCCACAAAUGUCUCACUAUUAUUUGUGGGGCUCCAAGCAGUUGAAUGCCGCAUACUCCACACAGUAUGGGCAGUACACUGGUUUCGUUGGAUCGCCGCAUUUCCAUGCCAUGUGCCGACUGCUUGGCUACCAAGGCAUUGCCGUUGUCAUGGACAUCAUACUGAAGGACAUUGUCAAGCCGUUGAUCCAGGGCUCGUUGCUGCAGUUCACCAAAACGCUUAUGAUUGCCAUGCCCAAAUCUUGCAAAUUACCGCGCUGCGAGUACGGAUCGCCCGGCGUGCUCAGCUAUUAUCAGGCUCAUCUUACGGACAUUGUGCAAUACCCGGACACGAAAACCGAACUGUUUCAGUCUUUCAGGGAAUUUGGCAAUUGCAUCAUCUUUUGCCUGCUGAUUGAGCAGGCUUUGUCCCAGGAGGAGGUGUGCGAUCUGCUGCACGCGGCCCUCUUCCAAAACAUCUUCCCCAGACCCUUUUGCAAAGAAAACGAGAAACCUGAAGCCAAACAAAAGCGACUGGAGGCUCAGUUUGCCAACUUGCAGAUCGUCUCGAAUGUGGAAAAAAUUGGCACUGCCAAGCAAGCUAUGAUAGCCCGCGAGGGGGAUUUACUGACACGCGAGCGCCUCUGUUGCGGCCUGAGCAUAUUUGAAGUGAUACUCAAUCGAGUGAAGAGCUACCUGGACGAUCCAGUGUGGUGUGGCCCGCCACCAGCCAAUGGCAUAAUCCAUGUGGACGAGUGCUCCGAGUUCCAUCGCCUCUGGUCGGCAUUGCAGUUUGUCUAUUGCAUUCCUGUGCGUGGCACGGAGUACACGAUUGAGGAGCUCUUUGGCGAGGGUCUCAACUGGGCAGGUUGUGUCAUGAUCGUGUUGCUCGGUCAGCAGCGACGUUUUGAGGCCCUGGACUUUUGCUAUCACAUUUUACGAGUGCAACGCGUCGAUGGCAAAGACGAGGAUGUCAAGGGAAUUCAACUGAAGCGAAUGGUGGAUCGUAUUCGACGUUUCCAAGUAUUAAACUCACAAAUCUUCUCCAUUCUCAACAAAUAUCUGAAGGGCGGCGACGGUGAGGGCUCAAAUGUAGAGCAUGUGCGCUGCUUUCCACCGCCACAGCAUCCUUCGGUUAUAUCCUCGUCGUCACACUACCAGGAUCCCCAAAAGCUGCGCCAGAGCAUGAACAAUUGAGGCCCACACAGCCGAAGAUGCAUUUAAGCCAAUCGUAUGAAUAUAAGUUAUACUUAAUCACAGUUUAUAUGCCCGUCGGGAAGCGCAAAAGUCGCAAUCGAGGUGAUGAUAGCCGCGUAGAAACCA